UUACUUCAUACAAACCAACAACAAAGUCUGUUUCUCCAGUGCUUCCUUGCCACUUUCCCAAUGGCAGCAUUACUCAAAAAUGUCAUAGGAUCAUUGGACAUAAAAAGACUGUAUAAAAAGGAGCUUCUUUAUCAGAGGUUUUGUUAACUGAGGUGCUGUGUAGAAGGACUCCCAGUUCAAAACAGGAUGCUACUCUAACAGCACUGCUAAAAGAGACCAUACUAUGUACCAUCUGUGGAUCAAAUGGCUACCACUAUGGCUUUUACUGAUGGUCGCUGAUGAGAGUACAGCUAUGUCGACAAAAGCUCCGUUGUUUCCCAAUAAAGCUUUCGUAGUGGUGUGGAAUGCACCUACCGAACAAUGCCGGCUACGCUACAAAGUGGAUUUAGAUCUAAACAUUUUUGAUGUUCUGUCAAAUCCUAAUGACACUUUGAAUGGACCUACUGUGACAAUAUUUUAUCCCAGUCAGUUGGGAUACUAUCCCCAUUUUGCGAAUCAUAGAGAUUCCAUCGAGGGAGGUAUACCUCAGAACCAGAGUAUCAUCAAGCACCUAAACAAAGCCAAGUUAGACAUUAAUCGUUUCAUUAAAAUAAAGACAUUCCAAGGGCUUGGAGUCAUUGACUGGGAAGACUGGAGACCUCAAUGGGACAGGAAUUGGGGGAAGAAAAACAUUUACAGAGACACAUCUCUUGAACUUGUUAAAAAGAGUCAUCCUGAGUGGUCAAAGAAUUCAAUUCAGAAAAUAGCUAAGGAAGAAUUUGAAAAUGCUGGCAAGAAUUUUAUGACCAGCACCCUUACCCUUGCAGAAGAUAUGAGACCAAAUGGGUUAUGGGGUUACUAUCUGUACCCAGACUGCUAUAAUUAUGAUUAUAAGACUAAGAACAAGACAUACACAGGCAAAUGCCCAGAUCUGGAAUAUUCCCGUAAUGAUCUUCUGCUUUGGCUUUGGAAAGAAAGUACUGCCCUUUUUCCUUCAAUAUAUCUGGAAAAUAUGUUGAAAUCAAGCACAAAUGCUUUGAAAUUUGUACACUAUCGGGUUAAGGAGGCAAUGCGCAUUGCUUCCAUAGCUAGGAAAGACUACGCUUUGCCUGUUUUUAUUUACGCUAGGCCAUUUUAUGCCUAUACCUUUGAGCCUUUGUCAGAGAUUGAUUUGGUGCACACUAUUGGUGAGAGUGCAGCCAUGGGAGCAGCAGGAGUAAUCCUUUGGGGAAGCAUGCAGUAUGCCAGUACUCAUGAGAAUUGUCUUACUGUGAAAAAAUACAUAGAUGGUCUCUUUGGACAUUACAUCGUUAAUGUGACCACUGCAACCAAGAUCUGUAGCAAAAUCCUCUGUAAGAGGAAUGGAAGAUGCAUUCGUAAAGACAGUGAAUCAUUUGACUAUUUGCACUUGCAUCCUAGAAGUUUUAAGAUUAGGUAUUCUGAAACAAUGAAAAAAGUCUAUGUGGUAGGAAGAAUGAAGAGGAUAGACAAGGAGGCCAUGAAAGAAAAAUUUAUGUGCCAAUGUUACCAAAACUGGACUGGGAAACAUUGUAAAAUGCCUAGCUUCAAAAUGAGAGUAUGAAAUUUAUUGACAAUAAAUAUAAUGAAAAUUCA